UCCAUCAGUCAGAUGUUCACGCAGCUCGAGGAAAUCACCUACUUCAACAGGAGCGAGAUUAAGAAGUGGUACAAGCUGUUCUUGAAGGACUGUCCGGACGGACACCUGAAGGAGGAGCGCUUCGUGGCGUUUUACACCGGGUCCUUCCAGUCAGGAGAUCUGGAGAGGAAGGAGUGUUUGGCCAAGCAGAUCUUUCGAACGUUCGACCGGGACGGCAGUGGGACCGUGGACUUCAAGGAGUUUAUGUGCGGCAUGAGCGCGCUGCUGCGGGGCACGACUCCGGAGCGCCUGAAGUGGGCGUUCAACAUGUAUGACCUCGACGGGAACGGAGAAAUCAGCAUGCAGGAGCUAUUACAUGUACUAAAGUUGAUGUACGAGCUGCGGAGCCCUGAUGCCACCUUAGAGGAGUUAGAGCUGGCCGAGACGGACUUACGGAAGGUGGCGGACAAGAUCUUCCAGGAGCUGGAUGAAGACGGGGACGGGAACCUUCAGUGCAGGGAAUUUGUAGACGGUCUGACGCGGAUGCCCUAUCUCUUUAGGAUGGCUGACGGACGGCCUAUCAUGCAGUGACAGAGCCCGGGGGCGGAACACAUAACAGCUCAUAACCCCUGGGUAUACCUUUCAAGUCUGUUACUUUGCUAAGCUCAGAGGAUAGGGGCUGUCGGGAAUUGUUAUUCUGAAGAUAAAACAUAUACGUGCUAUUAGCGUACACGUUGACGUCGCAGACGAAUGUACGAAAAUAUGGUGUUGGGACUCAUCCCAUUAUAUAUAUUAACUGCCGUUUGAAAUU